AUCCACGUCCUGGCAAUAUCUGGGGAAACAGUCCGCAACUGCUGUCCAUGAUCUGGAUGACUUCAUUCAGGGUCUAAUCUUGUUCUGCCUGUCUCCGCUGGCUCAGUAACUUGUGACUCUGUUCUCCUUCCCGGUCUCUUUCAUUGUUCCAGCUACUUGGCGUGUCUGCUGACUCCCACAAAACUUCAUCUCCCGCAAGACCCGGUCGAGGAUCUCUCAUUUUCUCCUUCUUUCCCCCCUUCCACCGAGAAGUCUCAAGAAACUGGGGAUUCUGUCCUAGUCUUUGCCGUUGUUCCACUCCACCAUGGGUGACGACGAACACCGUCCUAAGCGUUCCCGCUUCGAUCAGACCGAGCCGGAACCCCGACGACGUUCGCGAUUUGAUCGUCGUUCACGCUCUCCCUCGUCACGGAAACCAGACUCGGUUCGAGCUCGAAGCCCUCUUGGUCAUGAGUCGCGAAGCCCCGAUGCAGAUGCAUCGAAAUCUACCCCUACGGAUCCUGCUGCAGCUGCAGCGGCCGCAGCAGCCAGGAUCAAUGCUCAACUGCAAGCGAAGAAAGGCAUUCAGCAUGUCGACGUUCCUCCGAUUCGAUCGACCUCGAGCCCCGUCCCAAAAUCCGCCUCCCCUUCCGCCGCGGAGUCUAAAUUGAACACGGACACGUACAUUGCUGAUGGCGAUUACAUCAGGGAUAUUGAGAUUAAUGAUCUCCGCAAUCGUUAUACACUGACAAAGGGCUCUACACAGAAGAUGAUUAAAGAUGAGACUGGCGCCGAUGUCACCACUCGAGGAAAUUACUAUCCGGAUAAAAGCAUGGCCACUGCUGCGAAUCCUCCCUUGUAUCUUCAUGUUACUAGCACGACUAAGGAAGGCCUCGAAAAAGCUGUUGCCAAGAUUGAGGAGCUCAUGCAGAAAGAGCUGCCUAAUUUGGUCGAUGAGCGUCGUUUCCGUCGGCGAGAGCAGCCUGAGCCAUUUGAGCGUGAUGAAUACGGCCGGCGCAAAUGGCCGGAGGAACGCAUUCCCGUUGAUCUCGAGCCAAUCCCUGGAUUUAACCUACGCGCCCAGGUUGUCGGGCAGGGAGGUGCGUAUGUGAAGCAUAUCCAGCAAAGAACCCGGUGUAAGGUCCAGAUCAAAGGCCGUGGUUCUGGCUUUGUGGAGCAAAGUACCGGUAGAGAGAGCGACGAGCCGAUGUACUUGCAUGUAGCUGGCCCCAAUCCCGACGACGUGAAAGUCGCGAAGGAGCUCUGCGAAGAUCUGCUUUCAAAUGUGCGAGAGCAAUAUCAGCGAUUUAAAGAGAAUCCACCCCAGCACAAUUAUGGCGGCUACGGUCAACGCGGAGACCGUUACCACUACGGUGGUGGCUAUGGCGGUGGUUAUUCGAACCACAACCAUCAUCAGCGCCAGGGAACGCCAGCCUCUGCAAGUCCGUCUACGCAAGCAGCGCCAGGAGCAACGGCCACCGUUGCUGCUGGAAGUCCUACUGACUAUAGCGCUCAAUAUGCUCAGUAUUACGGAUCGGAUCCAUAUGCCGCCUAUGGUGGAUAUCAGAACUAUGUCGCAUAUUAUCAAUACUACCAGCAGGCAGCUCAGCAAAUGCAACAACAGGCGCAGCAGGAUGCAGAUCAGUCUCAAGGUUCUGCUCCACCGCCACCCCCAGCGAGCGAGGCGCCUCCACCACCUCCCCCUCCUGGGUCUGGCUCUCCUCCCCCUCCACCUGGCGGAAGCUAUAACGCUGUCCCGCCACCACCUGGUCUCUAAGUCAGCCCAACCCCUAUGAGAACAGCCUUUUUUUGACUCUUGAAAUAUUAGAAAGCAAGGGCACCCCUCAUUACAUGCGGAAAGAUGUACCAACGAAAGAUGUACAAAUAUCUAUUUCUCCUCUUUUGUUGCUAUUCUUUCGUGCUUUAAGUACUAGCUUCUCUUUGCGGAUUCUUUCAUUUCGACUACGGAGUAACUUGGUCAUUAUACUGUAGGCUGAAGGUAGGUAUCUAGAUAGGGUCUCGCUCGUUCCUCUUCGGGGUCGUUAUGGACUACUCCAUGUUUUCCCUCAUAAUACAAUACAUAUAGGCAUUAUUGGUAGUACUUUCUUGUCUAUGUCCCUAAUGAAUGAACAUAAAUAGAAGAAGCCAUCCAU